CUGCACAAAGGCGUAGAACUGUCGGCGUUACAAAGCGUCUAGCAUCCUUGGCUGGCUUAACUUUGUCACAGUAUUCCUUGCCAGAAGCAGAGCUAAGUGAAGAAGAGAGAGAGGAUAAAGUAAGGUUUAUUGCUGAGCUCGCGAAAUUAUCACACAAUGAGAGAAUGAAGGCCAUCCAACAGUUGACAAUGAGCAUUGAAGAGAAACGAGAGAUCAGGGAUCAAGUUGAGCAAACGAUUGGACCAUAUGCAGCGGACACAGGUGCUAAGAUACAUCAGUGCACACAGCUGCUAUAUAAACUGUUGUUUUCCCUUCAACGGUUCCGGGAGAAUAUGGUUAUAUAUUUUCAGUUAGUUCAUCCCUGGAAAAGAUCUCUGAAAAUCAUUGGAGGGAAGUUUGGAACAAGUGUUCUGUCUUAUUUCACAUUCCUCAAAUGGCUGUUUAUGUUCAACAUGUUCUCCUUCUUGAUUAACUUCAGCUUCAUCACCAUCCCACAAUUCUUUGACAUGGGCAUUAACAAUCUCACUUUUACAGGCUUGGAGCUGCUCACUGGCUCAGGUUAUUUUACACAAACUGUGUUUUACUAUGGCUUUUAUACAAAUAUGAGCAUUCAAGCAAAUCCCACUGCAAAAAUGUAUAACAUGCAAGUUGCUUACUUCCUCACGAUUGGAUGCUACAUGCUGAGUUGCUUUCUGUAUCUGGUUUACAGCAUGGCAAAGUCGUUCAAUGAAAACUUUAUUGCAGUUGGCAUUCUGAGUGGUGAUGCAGCCAAGCUUCUGUGUUCAUGGGACUUUAACAUAACAAAUGAGAAAGCAGUAGAACUGAAAAAAAGAAACAUCAGCAGACAGUUAAAGGAAAUGUUAUCUGAAAAAAUGCACUACCAUCGGCAACUAUCAACAAAACAGAGAAUAUUGCGAAAUUUAAUUCACCUAAUGGCCUGGAUUAUUUCAUUAGGAACAACAUAUGGUUGCUGUUUUGGAAUCCAUUCCUUUUCGAUCUCCAAUUUUAAGAUUAUUCAGAAAAAUCCAACAGAGGAAGAAUUACAAAAGCAAGCUUCAACAUUGUUGUUACCUUUUGUUGUUGCAAUCAUCAAUCUGGUCAUACCUUUAUUCUUCUCUUUCCUUGGCUCAAUGGAAAGAUUCAAAUAUCCCCGGGAUGAGAUGUAUGUUCUCAUUAUAAGGAAUGUUGUACUGAAAAUGUCAGUAAUUGGAGUUCUGUGUUACUAUUGGCUGGUGACAGUAGCAAAUACUGUAGAGUGUUGGGAAACAUUUGUUGGUCAAGAUCUGUACCGACUUGUGGUGACUGAUUUUAUCUUCUCCUUACUGGGUUCCUUCUUUGGGGAGUUCAUUCGAAGCAUCAUGGGAACACAUUGCUGCCAUAAACUUGGAAAACCAGAAUUUGACAUUCCAAGGAAUGUUUUAAGUUUAAUCUACGCACAAAUUCUAGCCUGGAUUGGACUUUUCUUUGCACCUCUUUUACCGGCAAUACAAAUAAUAAAGUUCUUCAUAAUAUUCCAUGUUAAAAAGGUUAGCCUAAUGAUGAACUGCCAGCCUCCCCGCAAAGCUUGGCGAGCUUCUCAUAUGACAACCAUCUUUAUAUUCCUGUUGUUCUUUCCUGGUUUCCUUGGCGUACUUUGCUUGUUGGGAAUUACUGUGUGGAAAUGGAAGCCUUCCAAACUCUGUGGACCCUUUAGAGGAUUAAAUGUGCCGUAUUCUUCUAUUUCUCACUUCAUUGACAAGAUACAAGAAACAGUUUCUCAUCUGCACUGGCUUGUAUGGUGUUACAAUAACUUAAUUUUGAACCCACUAUUCUACUUCAUCUUAACAAUUAUUGUGUUUGCUACCAUUUACCUGUAUUUGCAAAUUAUAGAUGGACGGAAAUUGAUGAUACAACUUUUACAAGAGCACAUUAGUAAUGAAGGAAAAGACAAAGCAUAUUUACUGCAAAAGCUCAAUAGCAUGAAAGGAAAGAUGGUAUCUUCUAAAGAGAAGCUUAUUACAACAAAAAUCAGUGAUGAGCCCAAUUUGUACCUGGACACAAAUGAAAAGUUUGAAGACAGAAAACCAAGUAAGUGCAACAAUGACAGAAAAAAAUGGUUUGGAAAGGUUGUGGGGACCAGGUGUUGCUCUGACAUUGGCCGAGAUGGUCUGAAAUAUCCUGACUGUGACAAACAGUACUCUCUGACCCUGUCACUGACCCCCAGUAGCCUUCUCAAUGGACAGACAAGGUUCUAUUACAACACAGCUCCAUUGGUGAAGCAGGAUCCAGGUAUUGGCCCAACACUGGUAACUGAGCAGAAAGUAAUAGCUGAGCUGUACAGACGGCUCACUGGAGUCUCCAUACAGAGGGCUCACUGGCAGCACAUGAAGGGACAUAGCACAUGCCCCAUGCGAAGAGAAAUGCCCUUUCGGAAUGCAAAUGAUAACAGUGCUCUUCAACGAACAGCUCGUGUUUAUAGAACAUAG